UCACUUGUGGGGCCCAAAAUUCGGGUCCCACAAGUUUUUUCAUUUAAAUCAACUCAAGAACACCUCCAGAAUGCUACAGCUAAGUCUCAGAGAGGGUUCCAUAAGUCACGAUUUGGGAGAUGUGUGUGUAUUUGUGUGUAAGAUUUGCUCCCCUAGCGACAAGACUUUGCCAGUACACUUUGAUACACACUUCAGGAAGUGUGUAUGAUUAGCCCCGCCCCUCCGCCCAUCCAGCCAAUGCGAAUCGUUCUUCUACUGCAGCAAGGCGGGUUUCUGUGCAACGUCAUCGCAGAUGUGCGCGCGCAGCCAGGGGGCCGAAAGCAGCAUUUGUCAUUUGUUUACCAGCGGAGUUAGCGGAGAACGAAAAUGACAAGGAGCUGUUGUGCUGUAAACUGCACGAAUCGGCAAAAGGAUGGAAGGAAACUGUUUAAUAUCCCGAGAGGAUCUCAUCCUUUUGCCAAGAGAAGAAGAAGAUUGUGGCUCCAGGCCAUUAAAAGGGCAGAUUGGGGUCCCGAAGGUCCUAAAGGCGGCGAGAGUCUGUGCAGCGCCCACUUCGUUUCUGGGUCACCGUCCAUGGAUUGUGAUAGUCCAGAUUUUGUUCCAUCCGUUUUUUCACACAGCAGCAACAGAGACAUCUCGGGAAAGGUGGCAAGAUAUGAAAGAAAGAGAAUAAGAGAUGAAGAUAAGGCCCCUGCUACCUGCCCCACAAGCCAGCCUGAAGCAGAUACUGUAGAUUAUUCUGAAGAUGAAUGUAAGUUUGUGUCCAGAAAAGAGAUGCACCAACUCAACCUGCAGUACAACCAGCUCCGUGAUGAUUAUGAAGCUCUGAAAAGAGAACUGUAUGCCACACAGGAAGAAAAUAAACAUCUGAAGGAGCAACUGAAGCAGUCCAAGUUUGGGUUUGAUUCCAUAAAAGACACAAAUGCUAAAAUAAUUUUUUUUACUGGUUUACAAUCAUUACAAAUGGUUAUGUGGCUGCUGGAUAUUGUAAAAAGAAGCACACUUGUGCUUAAGGGUGGGUUAAGUUGGGAGAACCACCUCCUUUUGGUUCUAAUGAAAGUAAGACUUGGACUCACCAACAGAGACCUUGCCUACAGAUUUGGGCUUCCAUUCUCAACUGUAUCAAAAAUACUAAGAGACUGGAUACCCAUGUUGUCCUCAAUAGUGAAACCUUUGAUAAUGUGGCCUAGUAAGGAUGCAGUGAGAGCAAACAUGCCAAAGUGUUUUAAACCCAAAUUUAGGAAUUGUCGAUGUAUUAUAGACUGUACUGAAAUCUUUAUAGAAAGAACACACAAUCUUAAAGCAAGGGCUGAAACCUGGUCAAAUUAUAAGCACCAAAACACAAUGAAAUAUCUAAUAGGAAUCACACCAGCAGGAGCUAUAUCUUUUUUGUCUAGUGGGUGGGGAGGUCGUGCCUCUGACAAGGUAAUAACUUUAGAUUCUGCCUUUUUGGGUAAACUUGAGCAUGGUGACGAGAUCCUUGCAGAUAGAGGUUUCCUUGUUAGAGAGGAUUUGGCCAGUGUAGGAGCAACAUUAAGAAUACCAAGUUUCACGAAGGGGAAAUCUCAAUUGCCAGGUUCUUGUGUUGACACUUCACGUCAGUUGUCAAGAGUCCGCAUACAUGUGGAACGAGUUAUUGGUCAGCUUAAAACCUUUAAGAUACUGAACACUGUCAUACCCAUCAGCCAAGUCGAUAUGCUAGAUGACAUUUUGACCAUAUGUGCUGGUCUUACGAACCUUAGGGGGGCUGUGGUGGCCCGGCGAUAACUGUGUUCAGAGUCAAGGAGGUGUACAUUAUUUUCCAUGAUUGUGUCAGGCUUUUAAGGGCUAAU